UCAGCGAACUAAUUUCGUAUCGAAAGUUAUACCUAAAAAUUUCCUAAAAAACAUGCCUAGAUCUCGAAGCAGAAAUGGAAGUCCUAAUAAAUCUUCUAAAAAAAAGAGUAGACAUAGAAGUAGAUCAAAAUCACGUAACAGACUUGAUAUCAAUGUUAGGACAUCUAAAUAUACUACACCACAAUCUGAAAACAGGAUAUCUAAACAUAGAGAUAGAAAAAGAAAUGGUUCACAUACUAGCUCAGGUGGGUCCAAGUCGCCAGGUCGUCAUAUUGACAAACGUUUAUAUGACUCACUGAAAAAAUUAAAAAAAAUAGAUGAGGAAGAAAGAAAGGUUGAAAUGGAAAAAUUUAGAUUAUUACGGCAAAAAGAUGUAGAAUCAAGACUGAUGGAUGAUGAGACAAAUAAAAAGGUUGAAUCUGAAGUGCAAAAACGACUUAAUAUGGAAAUAGAAAAAAAAGAAACUGACUUACAGCUUGAAAUUAAUAAAAGAAUUGAAUUUAUUAAAAAACGAUUGCAAGAUGACAUAUACAAAGAAUUUGAGUCAAAACAAAGAAUUGAAAGAGAGGAAUGGAGGAAAAAAGAGGAGGAAAAUCACAAAAAGCGGGAGGAAUUGGAAACUUCUAUAAAAGAAUAUCAGAAAAAAAUUGAGGAGUUACAUAGGCAAUUGGCUGAAGAAAGGCUUAUGAUAAUUGAAGAGAAACGGGUUAUACUAGAGGAUAAACUUAAAUUAGAAGAAGCACUAAAAAAGAAGGAGAAACAAGAACAAAAAUUAAUAUUAAAUAAGGGUAAAUCUAUAAGACCAAAGUUAUCCUUUUCCAUCAAACAAAAUUCUAAUCAUACAUAGCUUUCUUGUGUUAGUUUUAGCUCAUAUAAUUUAAUUCUUUAUAAACAAGACAUUUCAAUUCAAUCAUCGCAUAAACAUCGACUAUCGAAAAAUACAAACUUGUAAAGAAGCUGUUAAACGAAAAAGUCAAACUCAUCAAUACUAAUUAGAGCUACAGAACAAUACUUUGACAACUAAUAAUCAAAUGAAUAUAAUUGUAACCAGUAUUCUUCUAUAAAUUUUGUGAAAAUGUUUAUCUUUUUUUAAAAAAAACGGAAAAUGUAAAUAAUAUUAUUUUUU